GAAGUGAAGCGGAGCGCGUUGUCCUGAACAAGAAAGAUUUAUAAAACUCCAGCAAAAUAACUUAAUUUGUUUAGCACAUCUCACAACAUUCCGAACAGCAACGGAUUUCACAAUAUCCUUCAAUAAAAGUUGUUCCCUUUAUAAAAUAGGAAGAUACCACCCUGGCUCCGAGAUCUGUGAAAGUGCUGAGGUAUUUGCAGGGAGCUGCGGUGAAUAUGAAGAUUGAGUUUGCGCCCAUUAACAUUCCUUUUAAGAGGAGGAUUCAAACGUUUGCCGUGCUUCAGUGGAUCUUCACUUUCUUGUUCCUGGGUCAGUGUUGCCUUGCAGUCUUUGUGCUUCUCCUCUUUGCUGGUUACUGGUACAUAGCUGCAGUUUACAUUGUUUGGUUGUAUCUUGACUGGGAAACACCGAAUCAGGGUGGUAGAAGAUCACAAUGGGUCAGAAAUUGGACCAUCUGGAAUUACUUCCGUGACUACUUUCCUAUUCAUCUUACAAAAACAACUUCUUUGGAUCCAAAAUACAACUAUCUGUUUGGAUUUCAUCCUCAUGGGGUGCUUGUAGCUGGAGCUUUUGCAAACUUUUGCAGUGAGACUACGAACUUUCAGAAUUUGUUUCCAGGUUUGACACCGUACCUAUGUGUGCUGCCUUUCUGGUUCAAGAUUCCUUUUUACAGGGAAUACAUCAUGUGUGGAGGUUUGGUCUCGUCUGUGAAGAGCAGUGCUUCUCACAUCCUAAGCAGGAAGGAAGGUGGUAACGUGGCUGUCAUUGUAGUAGGCGGUGCUGAGGAAUCUCUGGAUGCAAGGCCUGGAGCACUAACUUUGAGAAUCAUGAACAGGAAGGGAUUUAUUAAAUUGGCUAUAAAAUGUGGGGCACAUCUGGUUCCAGUCUUUUCCUUUGGGGAAAAUGAACUUUUUAAUCAGGUAAACAAUCCCAGAGGGUCAACACUUCGAACAAUCCAAGAGCGAUUACAGAAAAUCAUGGGGUUUGCUUUGCCGUUGUUUCAUGCCAGGGGUGUCUUCCAGUAUAACUUUGGGCUACUACCAUAUCGGAAACCUAUCUACACUGUAGUGGGAAAGCCAAUUGUUGUGCAACAGAAUCAAAUUCCUUCAAACCAAGAGAUUGAAGCGCUGCAUAGUAAAUAUAUUGAGGCACUAAAUCAAUUAUUUGAAGAACACAAAGCUCAAUAUGGAAUACCUGAAACAGACCAUCUGAUUUUCAGUUGAAUUUCCGAUUUGAGCACUUGAGAUAAAAAGCACAUUUAGCCCCAGUGUAAUGAAUAAAUUUGUUUUGAGCUGUUCAGUACUUAGUUAUAGAAAAAUCCCAGUUAAUUGAAUCAUUUUGCAGAUAUUUUAUGCUCUUAUUUGCAGUAAUUGUCAAUGGUUUACAAACAAUUCUAUGUUAACCACUAAGUACUAAUGUUGUCCUACUGGUGUAAUUUCUGUGUAUUGUAUUAGAUGUACAGCACUUUACAAACGUUAGCUAAAGAGAUAUUCCUUGAUAAGGUUACACUUUACAAUUUUGCAAUGUAAAAUUAGGUUAGUGUUUCCACAAUGCCAUCAACUGAAAUUGGGAUGAAAAAUGCUUAAUAUUAUAUAAUAAUAUUAAUACCUACAAACUGCAAAAGACGUAGAAUUAUUAUAAAAGUUACUCCUUAAAAAGAUGUAUGAAUAGAAAGUAUGGAUUAAGAUAUUGUUUGAAUGACAGUAAACUCAGAAAGUUUAAUUAUUACAAAAAUCUUCCUUUUUACCAAGCAAACAUAACUUGUAAUACCGUAUUAAUGUGCCUUAGAAAGGAUUAUCUCUGUAUCAUAGUCUCUCACUGUUACCUUCUUGACUCAAGAAAUUAAAAUCCAAAGGUUCAGUAAUUUUUUAAUGGAUUAUAUUAGUAGCUCAUCUUUAAUCAUUUGCCACACUUAAGUAAGAGUAACUAUUUUGAAGUAAUCUGUGAAAGAAAGUAAAUGAUAGCUUUCUAAACAUUUUCAAUUAUACCUAAAAAUUCUAAGUUUAACAAAAAUAUAUUAAAAUAAAUUACUGUUGAGCUUGUGUUGCAAAUUUGAUUUUUCAGAGGACUUGAUCAUCUUUUUGUAAUUUACUCAUUCUGUGUAGACCCAUGAGCAAAUGAAGUUUAUCACUUAACCUUCCGACUAUUAAUUUUUAAACUCAGAAAAUCAUUUAAUUACUCCCUUUUGGAUUGUAUUCCUUUGUUCUGCAGAAUAUUCCUCUAUUUUGUACUAAAAAUGAUUAAUUCAAGUAUUUACUUGUUAAUAAUUGUGUAUUCAAAAGUUACAGGAAUUUAUAUAUAUCAGAAUCAAAUUGUAUUAUCACAAGCAUGUGUUGUGAAAUUUGUCAUAUUUCUCCUGUACAUUUUCCUUUUUCUUUUGUAUGAUUUUGGUGUGGUCUGUGAGUCUCCUUACAGAGAGAGGAAACUGAUUCUUUUUAGUAAUUCCUAAAUUGUAGAAUGCCAAAAUGUCAUGGCUAUUACUAGCAAAUUAAAGGCACUGAAUCAGUGGAAGAUGCAUUUGUUCUAGCCAAAUACUGUAAAAGAAAUGAUGCAAAAGUACCGCCGUGAUGUGGUGCAAAAAAACACUGUCUGUUUCACUUCUUCCACAUUAUUUUAUACUUAUACAAAGUGAAGUAUCACUUGUAUCCGUUAUGUCUAAGUGGACUCUGAGGAGGAGGAUCAGGCCUAUGUGCGACCUGCUGACAAUGCAAGAAGGUGGAUACGUGUAUAGAUUGGAAGGUGGUGGAGUUCUUUUAUUAACGCAACACACAUCAAAGUUGCUGGU